ACUAGGUAUACAAGUACACAAGUAUGUACGUGACUCGUAUAUGUCUAUACAUUCAUACGUGCUUACGUACAGUGCAAUUCUGUUGAUGGCGCUUGCGAUUGAUUGGCCAUUCGAGCAGGCACGGUGGUGGGUGGGGCUGGAUCGGACCUCGCGGAGACUAUCUACCACUAGUUUGCGCUGAUGACGACCUCUUCUACCCCUUCCAAUUACUCGCAUCAAUUGCUUCUUCAUCGUCAUCGCCCUCCAUUGAGUGUUGUAUCCGUGUCGUCGAAAAACCCUUUGGGCUCGCUGUGGUCCUUCUACGCUGAUAGAUAGCGUUUCCAUCAUUGUUAUUGUCUACAUCCCUUGCCAAAUUGAGCAUCACAACCGUAUGGCAGAAAUUGUUCAUCAUAAGCCACAAGGCUUGUUUGCAAAGCUUGGCUUCAAGCCAAAGAAAGAAAAGGACCCAGGAUCCCGGAAACUGAUGAAGAAGAAAGACAAUCGAUAUGCAGCUGCACCCCCCGUGGAACCCGUGGAGCCGCUCUACCGCUCUUCAUCGUUUGAUUUUUGGGCACCUCCAGGAACCACUUUCGCAGAAUCACACAGCCAGCCCAACUUCAUUGAAGACUCGACUCCGCGAAAUGACUCUGUAGCCACCGUCAGGCAUGCACCGCGCAAACUUCUGAAGCAUCCACCCCCAGAUCGCGAGCAACGCAUGGAUGACGUGCUUGACAAAGACACGGGCGAGAGAAAAGACUUGACCGAGAUGAUGCAUGCAUUUGGGUAUGACGAAGAGAUCGAAGACAUUUCCGAAAAAAUUGAAGAUGAUACGGUGGAAUACGACUACUCAAGACCAGAUGGCGCAACACUUCUGGCCCGCGCAUCUCCAGAACUAUGGCUUCUCAUUAGCGACCAUCUCUCCCCAAUUGACAUUGCAAAUCUUGCUUCCACAUGUCGAACAAUGAACAUUCGCCUCGGUGAUCUACCUUACUUUGUUUUGCGCAAUCCAUCGAAUCGAAGCUAUCGACUCGACUUCCUCUUGCCGCUAGACAGUAAAUUGCCGAACCAUUUAUUCUGCUUUCCAUGUGCAUCGUGGCAUUACCGUACACAACUAGGAGCUGAAACUCUCAAACCACCCACUGUAUUGAACCCGCUGUUCAUUUGCCCGAACCAGACCAAUGUUCUCCUUCCACCACCCCGUCUUCGCAUUAGCGAGGGCCGUCAGCUUCCCUUUACAUUUGUGCAAUUAGCCAGGCGUCACUGGGCCUACGGUCCAUCCUAUGGCAUUCCCGUUCAGUCCCUCGCAAGGCGUUGGAAAGACCCUUCUUCGCCUUGGUCGCACAAGACAAUGUAUCAUGUCGCCAGCAAUGGGCAUGUUCUUAUGCGGGUGCAAUCGCAAGCCUUUGUUGCCGGUGGCAUGACGCCGGCGGGGAAACGCAUGCUCCUUUUCAGUCGAAGCGAUUACACGCCCUACUUCAGCGUCUGCGCCCACUGGCAGAAAGGCCUGCUGUCCAGUCUUUGUAAAUGCGCCCUUGAUCACAUUCCUGUGCAAGAAACAAACGCCGUCACACGAUUCCGCACUCAAAAGGCGGUGGGCCCCGUCUCCCUCUGCGGCAAGUGCCAACCCAUGCGCCGCUGCCCGUCUUGUCCUACAGAGUACCUUUUGGAACUUAAGCUCGUCGAAGAUAAAACAGUCAAGGUCGUCGGGCCUGCGCGUUUCAAGCAGGCUCUCAUGAUGACGCGGUGGAGCGAUUUGGGACCUGCACGGAGCCCCGAAGAUGCCGAAUGGAGCGCCAUCGUAGGCGAGCGAACGGGUUACGAUAGCUUUGCUGAGAUUGGCAAGAGGGCUGUUUGCGGUGUCUUUGAAGCAGCGUUUUCGGAUACUACGCCUGGUCAACGCAUUUUGAGCUUGGAUCCUGGCGCAAAGAAGGGGCGGAGGGUCGAGGACCCAUCCAGAGAGGAUGAAAAUGACGAUGAUGGUAGUUGGUAUUGA